UGAUGAGUGUGAGCGCGCGCUAGUGUGCGUGUGCGGUAAUUGUGUCCAUGCGCGAGACUAGCUUUCCCUAUUCUCUCCGAGCACAGGGAGGGAGGAGAGACCGAGGACGGGAGAAGGGCCGCCAUUAUCGGGAAGCUGAAAAAACACAUUAACGCACACAUUCACCAUCACUGUAUUUGGCGUUUACAGUGGGAGAAGUGCUUUCUCCGCUGAGGAAAAUCGCUUCGUCAGACUGCGCGUUUACGACUGAAGCGCGCGAUCAACACGGGCAACUCGAGAUGUUUUGGACACAACAAAGGAAAUUAUAAGUGCUCAAAAACAACGUGGUGAACCCAAGGGAAGACACAACGAUAGAAAGCUUUCCCCCCUCUUUUUUUAACGCCCCCUCCUAUCCAACACCGCGAUCUAGUAUUACAGUCAGAUUUUUGUCGAUGUUUUUUUGCCUUUUGUUCAGCAUUUAGGAAGAGAUACGCAAAUCAGAUUGUUGAAAACUUUGAGAAUACGAUCCGUCAGGGAUUGGAUCGGACAGUUGCGGAAGAAAAACCUUGAUGUUUACGGGACCACUGCUGGACUAUUAAUAUUAUUAUUAUUAUUUUUCAUCUUGAUUAAUUUCCUGAGCCGGUUGCUACUGCUGAUACUGGAGUGAACGAGAGAGGCAUGCUGUGGGUCCGAUCCAGGCUGGACAAACCUAAAAUCUGUAGGAUUACGGUUUUAAAGAGCCCUUGAAGAGAGGAGAUGGGCUGGAAUGUUACCACUUGCAGCACACCUGCCUAAAUCCACAGUGCCUCUUUCCCCCACCCUCAAACCCCAUUCCCUUAUUCCACUUCUAAAUCUCUGCUAAAUUCAUGGAUGGACUAAUGUCUCUGGAUUUAACAUUUCUCCACUGAGGACAUAUUGGGCCUGCAUAAACAAAACCUAAAAGCAACUUUCUGGAUCUUUAGAAAUCACGUUUUGUCUGGCCUGUAAGCACUUGGAUGGAAUAUCAGCCCAGCAGCUUUCAGACUAGAGCUUCUGGGAAUGGCAAGAUGAGCGCUGUCAUACGAUAAUGAUGGCAAAAAAACAAGAUGGCCGGGCGCCAACCUACAACCUUGUUGUGGUAGGUUUGUCCGGGACUGAGAAGGAGAAGGGGCAAUGCGGGGUGGGCAAGUCUUGCCUUUGUAAUCGCUUUGUCCGCCCCAGUGCAGAUGAUUUUUAUUUGGACCACACGUCUGUUUUAAGCACAAGUGACUUUGGAGGUAGAGUGGUAAACAAUGACCACUUCCUUUUUUGGGGUGAGGCAGUACGAAUGUCGGAGGAGGGGGCUGAGUCCCGAAUGCAUGUGGUGGAGCAAACAGAGUUUAUUGAUGACCAAACGUUCCAGCCACAUCGAAGUACUGCUUUACAACCCUACAUCAAGCGGGCAGCUUCUAACAAACUGGCCUCUGCUGAGAAGCUUAUGUAUUUCUGUACAGAUCAGCUUGGGCUAGAACAAGACUUUGAGCAGAAGCAAAUGCCAGAAGGCAAGCUUUUAGUAGAUGGAUUCUUACUGUGUGUAGAUGUGAGUAGGGGUAUGAACCGUAACUUUGAUGACCAGAUGAAGUUUAUCACCAAUCUAUAUAAUCAGCUAGCUAAGACCAAGAAGCCAGUUGUACUUGUGCUGACCAAGUGUGAUGAAGGGGUUGAGCGGUACAUCAAAGACUCUCACACCUUUGCCAUGACAAAGAAAAACUUGCAGGUUGUUGAGACCUCAGCACGCUCUAAUGUUAAUGUUGACCUUGCCUUCCUCACUUUGGUGCAGUUGAUCGAUAAGAGUCGAGGGAAGCCCAAGAUAAUUCCAUACUUUGAAGCCCUUAAGCAGCAGAGUCAGCAGAUAGCAUCCGCCAAGGACCGUUAUGAAUGGCUGGUCAGCCGCAUUGUAAAGAACCAUAAUGAAACAUGGCCAAACAUGAACCGCAGAAUGCAGACAUCUCCUGAGUACAAAGAUUAUGUCUUCCUUGAGGGUACUUCCAAAGCCAAGAAACUAUUUCAACAACAUGUACACAGACUGAAGCAGGAACAUAUAGAAAGGCGGCGUAAAAUCUAUCUCAACACACUCCCACAGGCUCUUGACUCCUUGGUCCCAGAACUUGAUGAGAUUGAUCACCUGAGCUGGUCAGGAGUACAGAAAGUUCUAGAAACUAAGCGGGAGUUCUCCCAUUGGUUUGUCGUGUUGGAUGAUACACCAUGGGAAAUUACACCACACAUUGAUAACAUGGAGGAUGAACGAAUUCCCCAAGAUCUUUUGGAAACCCCAGCAGCAGAAGUAAUCUAUGAGAGUCACUUAGAGCACCUGCGUAAUGAGCGAAAGCGGGCAGAGAUACGAUGGGAAUUCAAAGAGAAACUUACUUCCUCUCCAUUUGUUACGCCUGGUAAACCCUGGGAGGAAGCCCGUAGCUUCAUUAUGAAUGAAGAGUUCUAUCAGUGGUUAGAGGAGUCAGAGUACCUUGAUAUGUAUAACAAACACCAGAAGGUAAUUAUUGACCAAGCCAAAGAGGACUUUCAAGAACUUUUGCUGGAAUACUCUGAGCUGUUCUAUGAGCUUGAAGUUGAUGCUAAGCCCAGUAAGGAAAAAAUGGGUGCCAUCCAGGAGGUACUUGGAGAGGAACAGAGGUUUAAAGCCCUCCAAAAGCUUCAGGCUGAGAGAGAUGCAUUAGUGCUCAAGCAUAUCCAUUUUGUCUACCACCCUACUAAGGAAACCUGUCCAUGCAGUCCCUAUUGUGUGGAUGGUAAAAUUGAGCAACAAUUAGCCCUCCGCUUUCCCACUCGAUAUUCAUUUGAUGGGAAUCUAAAAUCACAGUUUGGUGAAGGAAAAGUGGAUAGAAUUAAUCUUGUAAUUCUUGGCAAAGAUGGACUUGCAAGAGAACUAGCUAAUGAAAUCAGAGCACUGUGCACCAAUGAUGAUCGGUAUGUGCUAGAUGGAAGGACUUAUGAACUGGCUCUUCGUCCAAUAGAGGGCAAUGUGCGCCUUCCAGUGAACUCUUUCCACACCCCUACUUUUUCUCCACAUGGCUGCCUUUGCCUCUACAACUCCAAGGAAUCCUUAUCAUAUGUUGUUGACAGCAUUGAAAAAUUACGAGAAUCAACCAUAGGUCGAAGAGACAGUAGCCUACUACAGCUUCCGUUGUCUCUUCUGUUAGUCACAAAACGGGGUGUUGGCUCAAUUGCUGAUAUUGGGGGUGAAACUGCCCAAAGCUUGAUUCAACAAGGUCAGCAAGUGGCUGGCAAAUUUCAGUGCAGUUAUUUGGAACCUGCUUCCCCAGGUGUGGGUUAUGGCCGUAAUAUAAAUGAAAAGCAUUUAAAUCAGAUUUUAAAAGGUCUCUUAGACACAAGGAGACCUUCACUUGGUGUUGGCAGUAGCUCUCCACCCUUAUUGCCUCCACUUGCAGGGUUCAGAGACUCUCAGCAGAACUCAGAGGCUGACUUAAGAAUUGUAAUGUGUCUAAUGUGUGGAGACACUUAUGAUGUAGACCAGCUCCUUUCACCUUUCUUGCUGCCCCAGCACUGUAGACCCUCUUCCAGUCUGUCAAGUGGAACAUCAGUACUGUUGGAGUUAUCAGUUGGCGGGCAAAGGCAAAGCAUUGAUCUUGCUAUACUGUCUUAUCAUUCAUCUUUCUCCUUACGUAAAAGCAAAUUAGUCCAUGGUUACAUAGCAGUAUACUCGGCCAAACGAAAGGCUUCCAUGGAAACACUUUGUGCCUUCCUUUGCGAGGUCCAGGACAUUAUUCCCGUGCAGCUGCUUGCUGUUGCAGAAACUCAGUCAGAACUUGCAGACUCUGAGGCAGCCCGGGAGCAGCUUGCCCAAGGGGAGGAAUUGGCUCAUGAAAUUGAUGCCCGCUUCAGUUCUGUAAUCUGUGGACCUGGUGGGGUUGUUGGAGGCUUGCAUCGGAUAGACCACUUCCAGCCAUUCCUCAAAGAGGUAGUGGAGAAAAGAACCAUUGUAGAAGCAACACACAUGUAUGACAAUGUUGCAGAUAAUGUCACCAAUGAGAAUUUUUCUUCACCGCGAUGCGGCUCUCCAAGCACUACUUUGAUGGACUCAGAAGACGACAUUGAGCCCUCCCCACCUUGUCCUACUCUUAGGGAUGAUGGCAUCUUGACUCACAGUGGUUUCAAACUCCCUGAUUUAGAGGGUGAUAACUUUUCGCUUAUCUCUGACAUCACCACCUUUGAAAACAAGCUUAACAAAUUUUCACCUCAGGUGCGCCCAAAGCCCAAUGUCACCUUUGACAUCCCCAAAACACCAAACUUCAGUUCAUACAUGGACCAGGUGGUCAACAGGCGCUCAUUACCAUCAGUUUCCUGGCCACCAGGCAGUGAAAGUGGCUAUGAUCCUUCUGAUUAUGCUGAGCCCAUGGAUGCAGUUGCAAAACCUCGUCCCACAGAGGAAGAAACAAUAUAUUCUGUACCACAUGAUAGCACACAAGGCAAGAUCAUUACAAUUCGCAAUGCAAACAAGGGUCAUUCUAAUGGUGCAGGCAAUGGGUCAGACAGCGAAGCUGAAAGCAGUUCAUUGGAGCGCAGACGGAAAAUGUCUGCUCUAGGAGUUAAACCCCGGCUUUAUCGUGAUCGCUCCAAACGCCUCGGAAAGUUUAGCAACUUUCGCACAAGCUUCAUCGGCAGUGAUGAUGAAAUUGGAGGCCUCCCCAAGACUAAAGAGGAUGAGAUUGGAGCACAAAAAGGGGACAUCUCUUUAAAUGAGGAAAACGAAGACCCAAAAAGAAGAAACAUCUUAAAAAGUCUGCGCAGAACUACCAAGAAAACAAGGCCAAAAGCUCGCCAGUCUUCGCUCUCCAAACCUGAGAGCAACUACUUUGGAGUUCCCCUGGCAAAUGUGGUCACACCUGAGCGGCCCAUUCCACUCUUCAUUGAAAAGUGCAUUCGUUACAUUGAGGCUACAGGGUUAAGCACAGAAGGAAUCUACAGGGUGAGUGGAAAUAAGGCUGAGAUGGAGAGCAUGCAGCGACAGUUUGAUCAGGACCAAAACAUUGACCUGAUCGAGAAGGAUUUGUCUGUGAACACUGUGGCUGGAGCCAUGAAGAGUUUCUUCUCGGAGCUGCCUGAUCCCCUGGUACCCUACAGCAUGCAGGUGGAGCUGGUCGAGGCCUUCAAAAUCAAUGACCGUGAGCAGCGCUUCCACACCAUGAAGGACGUGCUGCGCAAGUUCCCUCGAGAAAACUAUGAUGUCUUCAAAUACGUCAUCUCUCACCUUAACAGGGUGAGUCAAAACAACCGCUUGAACCUGAUGACCAGCGAGAAUUUGUCCAUCUGUUUCUGGCCAACGCUGAUGCGCCCCGAUUUCACCACCAUGGACGCGCUGACGGCCACCCGCACCUAUCAGACAAUCAUCGAGACCUUCAUACACCAGUGUGCUUUCUUCUUCUACAAUCAACCUUUGGUCGACACCCCCAGCGGCCUUCACGGACAGCCGGCUUCCCCCACCUCCACCUUAUCUUCUGCCACCUCUGCGCCAAGCUCUGCCUACUCCGCCUACUUCGCCCCUCAGCAACCCAUAAUCCCACCUUUCAGUCCUAUUCAACAGUCCCCGUCUCAUUCUCCACCCCAUACCCCGCAAUCCCCCAUCCAGAACCUGUUGCCUUCGCUGCACCCUCACCAUGCCCCUACGGAACAACACAUGCUGUGAACCUGAUGGGAGAAAUGCAUUGGGAGCACUGAAUGAGAUUAAUCGAAUGGACCAGAUUUCAGGGAUUUGAACUAGAUGUGGACGCUAAAGGGCGUUGAGAAAUGAGGGGUCAAAACUACUUCUGCCACACUUCAUCAACUCUUUCCAGAUUAUUCUCCUACAUGAAUUGCAAAACCUUUAUGCUCCUCGCACACAUGGACCCCAAACUCAUCUUUGGCACCCCAGUUAUGGGUCUACAUGACAUAGACAGUUUACGGGCCAAAGCUCUUUUCUUCGUUGAUUGGCCAAUGAGUUGACCAGUGGGGUGGGGUGUGUGGACCAAUAGGACGAGCUCUGAACUAAGCUCCAUCCCACAUCCCCAAUUGGAUGAUGGAUUCUCUUAGGAAUAAAGUUGAGGGUGCCCUAUAUAUUCAGCCCAUUUUUGUUGUAUCUUUCGAUUAUCGAAAACCGAAAAAAUGUCGUCUGCUUAUUUUCUGGUGCAGCCACACGACUACAUUCCUCCCCCUUAUUUAUCCUCGUGACAAGCGUUUAAAGACACUAGAACUUGACAAACUGGAUCUGGUUUUGCUGGGAGUACGUACGUGGUAUGCUUUUGCACAGCAUCCUGGGAUUUGAAGUCUUGUCUGUACUCGUAAUGAGCCUCCAGAACAUACUGGAAGACUACUCACGAAAUGUCCUCACUACCACACUUCACUUGAUUUCCUGCUCAAUCUUCGACUUCGGAUACUCGUACCGUAUCUAUUCACUCGGUAGAGAGGUGUUAUUACACGUGAUGAUAGGAAGCUCCUCCCCUUUUCUAAGUCAUGUUCAGAUUUGUGAAUUCGUUUUUUGAUAAUGAGUAUAAACCAGUGAGGGAUGAUUGGGAAUUGUGGUCCACGUGCUUUCGGAUGAACAUGAGGAGAGGUAUGCACAAAAUGUUUUUAGAUGCUGUUUCGAUCUACCUGUACCCGUUUAGAUGGCACUGAGGCGUGUGUUUGUUUAGAUGAAGUGAUGCAAGUUGAUGGCAAGUAAUGGCAUUUGGGAAAGAUCUUAAUACGGAAGGAUUCAAAUGUUAACAGGAUGUGUUGCUGAUCCCAUAGGAGUUGACAUAAGUAGUGAUUCGUGCCCUUGUCAAGGCUAAGUCAGCUGCGGGAGACAUCUGAAAAGGAAAUAAAGCAUCUUGAAAUGUUUGACAGUUGUGUGAUGUGAGGGGGUUUGGAGGAAGGAAAUCAAGAAAGCAAAGGCGGUAGCUCGUGUGCAUGCUCUCGAGUUAGCCUAGCAUGGGCUUUGGCCGUUUGUGAGUUGCAGGAGCACGACACUACCACCUGGUGGACAGUGAAGGUAUUGCACAUCACAGCUAAUCGUAUUUCUUUU